CGAUUUGCCAUUUAUUGUACAGUGCUACUUGCAUGUUUUGAGCUCUCUAUCGCUCUGUAGGUGGCAGUUGUUAACUGACAGCGAAGCAUAGGGAAAGACACGUUUCUGAUUUAGGCGAGAAAAGAAAAUAAGGUGUAUGGAGAAAUUGGGGCUGUACCCACAAAGACAAAAGAUCUUCGUCUAAGCUUGUAAACAGAAAGAAAGAGCUGCUGGAAAGACUCAGCAGCUCAUCGAGUUUCUUCAGUAGAGGAGGGUGAAGCUGGAGGAGGAUGAACCAAUCCCCAUUAAGGGAUCAGAGGUGGAGAGGAAUCUGCAUUGUUAGAGGAAGUGAGCGUGAAGGAUAACAUGACCAAUGUUUCCAAGGAUAGAAAUAAUAGGUGGCAGGAAAUUCAGAAAGGAUUACAGUUUAUCCAGUCUACACUGCCCUAUCCUGGUACAGAGAAGGAGUAUGAGGUAUUUCUUCAAGAACUUGUGAAAAAUUUAUAUGAUGAGGGCAAUGAUAAGUUUAGAGAAGGCAAAUGGGCAGAGGCUUUGAAUCAAUAUACUGAGGCCUUGAAUGUGGCUGAGUAUGCAUCUGAAGAAAUCAGUAUUGUGAAUGGAGUAAUAGAGAAGCUUUAUGCAAAUCGUGCUGCCUGCUAUCUGAAUAUGGGUCUCUAUAAUCAAGUACUAGAAGAUUGUGACAAAGCUUUACACCUGAAUCAUAAUAACUGCAGAGCACUCUUCCGAAAAGGAAAGUCCUUGAAAGAAUUAGGAAGACAUAAAGAAGCCUAUGAUGCUGUCGCAAAGUGCUCACUGGCUGUGCCACAUGAUGAUGUUGUAAUAAAAUUAACCCAGGAGUUGGCUCAGAAAUUAGGAUUAAAAAUUCGGAAAGCUUAUGUUCGUGCUCAGCCUCCAUUAAUUGCUGUCAGUUCCAUUACUUCUGCUGAAUCUUCUAAACAACCCAGUAAUGGUUCAGGUUCAGUUGAAGAUAUUGAAACAGAUUUUCCAGGAUUACGUCUGGAAUCUCCAGUUUCUGUAUCUGUCUCUUCGGAUGAAACCCCUCAAGCUGCGAGUGAAUCAACACCAGUUCUAAUUGUUCCUAAUUCUACGUCGCCUCCUGUACAUCUGUCGGAGAGAAACAACCUUCCCACUGCUACACUGAUGAACGGAGGAGGGGUACCUUAUCCAGUGUCUGAGUCAUGCUUAGAUUUUACUGAUGGAGACAAAAUAGGAGAGGACCUGGACGAGCUGCUAGAUUCUAUGUCUGCUUUAGAAGAAACUCCUGUGGAAGUUCAAGGAAGUGUUUCAACUAGCUUGCCAGCCAGCCUCUCUUCUGGUAUUCCUUGUCCCAGUUCUGUCCUACCACUGCAAGUUACAAGCAGUAAUGUUCCUUCGGUGACUCUUCCUUCUGUCUAUUCAUUAUCUAUGAAUAUGCUGCCAUAUGAUACUUUUGGCUCCAGAAUGGAUUCUUUGGACUCUUUACCUAUUAUGGAAUCUCAAAGAGCAAAACCUUCAGAUAUUGGAACUGGGGCUGGAGCAUGUAGUUCCAUUUCUUAUUUGCAUCGAAAUAGUACAAGUAGCCUUUUCGUUAGUAACAGCAAUAUAGGAGUUAUAGGUCAAAACGGAAGUGCCUUUUCAAGAGGAACAGAAAUGGGAACAACUGAAUUAUCCAUGCAACCACUUGGUGGAAAUCCACUGUCAGAAACACAUGAAUUUAAACAGGCCUGUUUGUCUUGUUUCAAAAUAGAUCCCAAAGGAUUGACUUACACCUACACUGGAGAGGGAGAACAUAAAUGUAAGAAGGAUAUUUUAAUUGGUCGACUGAAGAAUUCCGAUGAUAGGUCUUGGAAGAAGAUACGACCUAGGCCAACAAAAAAUCAGUAUGUGGGGCCCUAUUACAUAUGUAAAGAUGUUGCUGCAGGAGAAGCGUGUAGGUACCCUGGUCACUGCACAUUUGCAUAUUGCCAAGAGGAAAUAGAUGUAUGGUCCCUAGAACGGAAAGGAGCAUUUAACCGUGAGCUGUUGUUUGAUCCUUUUGGAAGUGUCAGGAAGGAUAACUUAACUGUUGCCAAAAUUCUACAGGAACACCAUGGAAUUUUUAUGUUUCUUUGUGAGAUAUGUUUUGAUAACAAGCCCAGAAUGAUACACAAAAACAACAAGGAUAACCAAGCCUUCUGCUCCAAUCCAGAUGCCAAGCAUUUAUUUAAUAAGCAAAAGUGCCUCGUUCACAUUCUUCGAGAAACAACAGUGAAGUAUUCUAAAAUUCGACCUUUUGACAGCACUAAACUACUUGAUCUCUGCCGUCAUGAAGUACGCUUUGGUUGUAAUAGAGAAGAUGAAUGUUUCUAUGCACACAGUCUAGUAGAACUGAAAGUCUGGAUAAUGCAACGUGACACAAAUAUAACUCAUGAAGUAAUUACUCAGGAAUCAAAAAAGUAUUGGCAGAACAUGGAAGCCAGUGUCCAAGCAGGGCAGGUACCUGUAGGUUUUUCAAAAUCUAGGAACCUCAACUUAAAGCUCAUGUUUGUCUGUGGACAAUGCUGGAGGUACGGACAGGUCAGUGAGCCGGACAAGAACAGAAAAUACUGCAAUGCUAAAGCAAGACAUCCUUGGACCAAAGAGCAUCGUGUGCUAUUAGUGAUGUCCAAUGAACGUAAAAAAUGGACAACAAUACGCCCUUUGCCAUCAAAGAAACCAAUUCCACAACAGUUUGAUUUAUGCAUGCAUAUAGCGAAAGGAAAGAAAUGUGGGUACAUUGGGAACUGCUCCUUUGCCCACAGUCUUGAGGAAAAAGACAUGUGGACCUAUAUGAAAGACAAUAACAUCUUAGAUAUGGAACAGCUAUAUGAAAAGUGGCUAAAGAGCCAUGAGCCAGAAAAAGAAGAAGCAGCUUCUGUACCAAAGGAGAAUGGGAAGCAGAUACACAUGCCAACCGAUUAUGCUGAUCUUGUGAGUUGCUAUCACUGUUGGCUUUGUGGGAAAAACUGUAACAGCGAGAAGCAGUGGCAACAGCAUAUAACCUCAGAGAAACACAAGGAGAAAGUUUUUAGCUGUGAAGAUGAUCAAAACUGCUGGCAAUAUCGCUUUCCCACAGGACAGUUCAGUGUUUGUGAAAUGCAUCAGACUAGUACCUGUGUAGAUGGAGAGAACUGCCAACUUGCCCAUAGUAAAGCAGAAUUGCAAGAAUGGAUGGAUCGAAGAGAAGUUCUAAAACAGAAGCUAGCUAAAGCCAGAAAAGACCAUUUGAUUGCCCCAGAUGAUGAUGACUUUGGCAAAUUUGAUUUUUUGAUUAAAGAAUUAAAUUAAUAUAAUAACCAUGAAAUGUUCAUAUGUUCAGAAAUGUCUUAUAAAUUGCCAUUUUCUUGAUUGAAACUGAAACUAAGAGGCAUAUAAGCAGCAAUUCUUUGAAUUAUGCUCCUGCUUUACUUUCCUACAGUAAAAAUUGCUGUGGUCUUGUGAAAGUGGUAUAUGUUAGAAGCAGGAGUAUGACGGUAUUCGCUGUACAUUGGCACAUUUUAUAGCCAAUGACACAGUGUUUGGUGAAAGUCACUGCCUUACUUCAAGAUGACAAGCAGCUUAACAAGAAAAAAACAUGGGAUAUAUUAAAGUGGAACAAAUUUUUAUGAUAUUCUUUAUAAUGUCAUAGGAAUGCAUUUCAAACUUCCUAGAGACAUAGGAAAAAAAAUUAAGAUUUGUAAUGAAAAGGUCUCAGACUUUUGUUGUAAACAUUUUGCGUUUACAUAAUAGUAAGAGCAGAAGAAUUGGGAUCAAUAAUGUGGCAAACCAUUGUGAUAAAUGAUAAUGGUUCAGAAUUUCAAAUUUAUCAUCAUUGAAUGUGUUAGAACAGUAGGAAGCUGUUAAUGAUUUUUUCUUCUAAGUAAUAGUUUUUAAAGAAAAUCAUUCAUCAGUAUACAGGAUGAAUGGAUUUACAUUUUACCAGUGUCCUCAUUUAAUGGCAACAGGGAAGAAGGUGUUAAAGAACAGCAAAAAAUAAUUUGGUUAUAAGAUAAAGAAAUUAUGGUUUGGUUAUAUAUAUAUUGCUUGCUAUUUAAAUGUUGAUUUCCUUUAAAAUCAGAUGAAUUGCCAAUUGGCAAAAAAAUUAUAUGGACCAAUAAUGUCAUUAAUAAAGAAGAUGAGAUGGUUUACAUUAUA